AUGGGUACCCUCCGGGACCUCCAGUUUGCCCUGCAACUUAAGAUUGAGGAGCUUCGCCAGAGGGACACCCUAAUAGAUGAGUUAGAGCUGGAGUUGGACACAAAGGAUGAACUCAUUCGGAGACUACAGGAAGAACUGGAUCGCUACAGAGCCACUGUGUCCCUCCCAGGACCCUCUGCAGCCAGCGCAGCAUGCUCAGCUCAAAUUGACGACAAGCAGAGAAGUGUUAGGCAAACAGUCAUUUCUGAGCCCUUCACCCUGGACCCGGUGACUCUGGCCUUGGUUUCACAGAGAAGCUGUGACAAAAGCCAGGAGUCUCAGAGGCUGAUUCAGGCAGCGUUUCUGAAAAAUGACUUGUUGAAGAACCUUGACGAAGGAGAAAUCAGAGCCGUCACAGCCUGUAUGUACCCCACCCCCAUCAAUCAAGGCUGCUAUGUCAUUCAGGAGGGGACCAGCGGUGCUCAGGCUUACGUUUUGGAAGAAGGGAGGCUGGAGGUGACAAAAGACGGGCUGAAGCUUCUCACGAUCGAGCCAGAAGACGUGGUUGGAGAGCUGGCUCUCCUCUACAACUGCACCCACACCUACUCUGUCACAGCACAAACGGACAGCAAGCUGUGGGUUAUUGACCGCAAGAGCUACCAGGCCACACUUAUGCAGAGUGGUCUCAGCAGCCUUUCUCAUUCGAUGGAGCUGCUUAGCAGCAUUCCCUUCCUGCAGUCUCUGCCAGAGGACGCCGUCAUGAAAAUGUCUGAUCUCAUGGAGGAGACACGCUACGCCGAAGGUGACUACAUCAUUCGACAAGGGGCCACAGGAGACACCUUUUAUAUCAUUAGCAAAGGCCAGGUGAAGGUGACAGAAAAGAAGCCGGGCCACGAGGAGCACGUCGUCCUCUCCAAGCUGUCUGAGAGACAAUGGUUUGGAGAAAAAGCCCUGUGGGGAGAGGAUGUUCGGACUGCGAAUGUGAUUGCUGCUGGUGAAGCUACGUGCUUGGUGAUAGACAGGGAGACCUUCAAAGACGUCAUCGGUGGGUUUGUAUUUGACUGCUCUCACGAGGUGCAGCAAAGCCAUGAAUCUGAAAGCGACCCAGACAAAGAUCCUGACCUCCUCUCAUCGGCCACCUUGAGUGAUUUCCAGAUUAAUUGCACUCUAGCAGUUGGAGAGUUUGGUCACGUAGACCUGGUGCAAUUAAAGAGCAACAUCAGGUGUCUCUUUGCCAUGAGGGUCCUUAAAAAGAAGCUGAUCCUCAACAACGGUCAAAGAGAGCACAUCCUGAGAGAAGGGCGUAUCCUAACGGAGACUCGCUGUCCAUUCAUAGUCAGGCUGCAUAAAACCUUCAGAGAUGCAGAGUGCCUGUACAUUUUGACAGAAGCUGGUCUCGGUGGGGAUCUCUGUAGUCUACUCAAAGAUAAAGGAUUCUUGGACGAAUGCAGCACCAGGUUCUACACAGCUUGUGUUAUCGAGGCCUUGACCUUUCUUCACCGCCGAGGUGUCGUCUACAGAGACGUCACCCCUGAAAAUGUGGUUCUGGAUGAGCGCGGUUACGCCAAACUGAUUGGCUCCAGAUGCCUGAAGAGGCUUGAAGUGGGGAAGAAAACCUGGACUUUCUGCGGCACGCUGGGCUACAUGGCACCUGAAAUCAUCUUAAACAAAGGCCACAAUGUAUCUGCAGACCUCUGGUCACUGGGCGUCUUUGUGUUUGAGCUUCUGAGUGAUAGGCUGCCGUUCAGCGGCCCUGACCCCAUGAAGGUUCUCACUGCGACCAUUCGGGGCAUCGAUCAGAUCGACUUCCCAAAAACCAUCAGCAAAAGUGCCUCCAGUCUCAUAAAGAAACUGUGCAGGAGCAAUCCCUCUGAGAGACUGGGCAGUCAGAGAAACGGGGCCAAGGACAUUCAGAAGCACAAAUGGUUUGAAGGUUUCGACUGGGACGGACUCUGUAAAGGCACAUUGACCCCUCCGGUUAUUCCCAAAGUUAAGCAUCCUUUGGACAGCAGCUCGUGUGAUCAAUACACCGAGGGCUCCGUGGAGCUGUGCACAAACUGGGACGACUUCUGACGAAGCAGCUGUGAAACAGAAAAA